AUGGAGUGGGGCUACCUGAAUGGAAUGUUGGAAGCGCUCGGUUUUGAUCGGAAGUGGACUGAUCUAUUGCUUUAUUGUGUCACCACAGUCAGGUAUACUAUUCAAGUUAAUGGGGUAGGGGUGGGGUCAGUGUGUCCAACCCGUGGCAUUCGCCAAGGGGACCCUCUAUCCCCGUACCUUUUCAUCAUUUGUGCAGAAGGACUGUCUGUCCUUCUACAACAGGCUGAGGGGUGUGGUGACAUUCAUGGGAUACGAAUUGCGCGGGGGGCUCCGGUCGUGAUGCACUUAUUCUUUGCGGACGACAGUCUGCUUUUUUUCAGGGCUACUAGUGGGGAGGCUCAGUCAGUCAAGGGGUGCCUUGAUAGCUACAAUGCAGAAUCGGGGCAACUCGUCAAUUAUGAUAAAUCUAGCAUCAUGUUUAGCUCAAACACUGGAACUGAGACGAGAGAGAUGGUCACUGCAUGCAUGGGAGUUCGAGAGACGGCAGAUUUCGGCCGCUACUUAGGACUACCUUCGGUCCUGGGUCACAAUAAAUCGACCACCUUUCGUUACAUAGAGGAGAAGGUUUGGGAGCGGCUAGGGUCGUGGCAACAUAGAUUUUUAUCAAAAGCAGGUAAAGAAGUCAUGCUCAAAAGUGUUGCGCAGGCCCUCCCAAUUUUUACUAUGUCAGUCUUCUUGUUACCAGGUCGGUUGUGCGAUAAGAUUGAAAAAUUGUUCAAUCGGUACUGGUGGGGCGGAGGAGUGUCGAACGGUAGAGGUGUGCACUGGAUGACUUGGUCUCGCUUAAGUGUGCCAAAAUGUCGAGGUGGAUUGGGGUUUCGACGCUUACACGAGUUCAAUAUUGCAUUGCUUGCCAAACAAGGGUGGCGUUUAUUGACUACUUCGCAUUCGCUGGUUAGGCAACUCUUGAAAGCAAAGUACUUCCCAAAAUGUGAGUUCAUGGAAGCUAGUAUUAGUAACAACCCAAGUUACAUGUGGCGGAGUAUUAUGGCAGGCCAAAGUGUCUUGCGAGAGGUCUUAGCACGCCGUAUCGGGGAUGGCAAGGCUACAAAAAUCUGGAGUUGGCCUUGGUUAGCUGAUCCAUCCAAUGCCAGUCUUAUUACUUCUCUGGUGGACGCUUUACGGGAAGCUACUGUUAGUGGCCUAAUGAAUGAACGUGGACAGUGGGACGAGGAGAUCCUCAACGACCUCUUUGAGGAAGCAGACGUGCGCAGGAUCAUCGCUACCCCCAUAGCUAAUCAUUUGCCGGACUCUUGGCGGUGGGUGGGUGACAUUCGAGGAGCUUACUCGGUUAAGCAUGGAUACAAGAUAUUAACAGCCGUCGUGCUCUGCAUACACCUGGGGAGUUCGCUGCGUGGGAGAAGAUUUGAGGCUUACCAGUUCCGCCUAAGCUCAUGUGGGGAGAGGGCUGUGCAUAUGGCUGCAGUUUUUUGGAUGCUGUGGACCGUGAGGAAUGAUCGAGUGUGGGGAAUAGCGGUGAUACACAAUCACAUACUUCGGCUGAUCUCCACAUGGAAUGACGCCUACAAGCUGGCAGCUUCCAGAGCAUAUUCUAUUGUGAAGCAAUGUUUAUCGAUUGCUAGCGACAUUGGGAACGUUGUUGUUCGCCAUGUCAAGAGAUUAGCGAAUCGAGUAGCUCAUGUCAUUGCACGAGCGACUGAUUCUUCGUCUGACUUGGGUGUGUGGUCGAUUGUACCUCCGGAUUGUAUUUCCAGUUUUCUGGAUCAGUAA